GGGCUUGGCGCACAAGGUUUUCAAGCCAUAUAUUAAUAAGCGGUCUAAUAAGGUAUAUGGUAGUUCGUUGGCGUUAACCGGCAAAAUGGCGUCCGACAAGAUCCUUCCUAUUUUUCUUGUUCUUUUCACCAUCACCAAUGCCGCAGUUAUUCCAACUGUUAAAGUGCUGCAAGGACCGGGAAGUAGGACCUCACUUUAUGGGCCAGAUGGAAGUGCUUUAGAAUCGGCUGCUCCAGGAGGUACUUUAGUAACUGAUGGUAGUCAUCCUGGAUUGCUAGCUGCAGGUCCAGCACAUCUUCCUUCCUCGCCAGAUAUUGUUGUAGGUGGAGGUCCAGCAGGUAAAAUUGUUACCAGCUACACACUAGCUGGUCCAGCAGUGCUACCAGUUCAGCUGUAGUAGCAAGUGAUGCAAUUGUAGCAGGUUUCACAGUCAUAGCUACGCCAGGAGCUGCUUUGAUUGGAUUACUUCUGGGAAAUUUCGGCGUUGUAUAAGGAUAGGUCUGAUGAAUAUUGAUAGAUUCAAUUAGCUAUUCAAUAAUAUAUUAAUUAAAAAACUAUAGAUAUUGUUU